AUGGAUAAUAAAAACCAUAAACCCAACAAUCUAUCAUCACGAGGCCUAACCGUGACAAGAUCUGACUUUGAGUUCCUCGGGUACCUUAGUGGGGACCCUUACAUCCUCCAUACCAAUGAGUUUAGACAAGGGAAAAGGAACACGAAGCAGCAGUGCUACCUCACGUUUGAUCUAACCAACGUCUUUCAUACCUACUCCAUCAUCUGGAAUCCACAAAACAUCAUUUUCUCAGUUGAUGGCCGACCAAUGAGGGACUUCAAGAACCAAGAAUCAUGUGGCAUUCCAUUUCCCAGAAGCCAGCCAAUGAGGGUCUACAACAGCCUCUGGGAUGCUGAGGACUGGGCUACCAGAGGUGGAUUCAUUUCAACCUAUAUCCAUGGUGGACAUAGUCGAUCUAAUAAUUUCUCCUGUAUUUGGUCCAUCGGUGCCUCUAGCUGUGGCUUGAUGAAAUCUACUUCUGUUUCCAUUAACAGUGCCUGGUUGAAAGAAGACUUGGACUGGGCAAGCCAAGAGACGACAAGAUGGGUGCUGCAGAACUACAUGAUCUGCAACUAUUGCACCGAUGGAAAGCAAUUUCCUCAGGGCUUACCUCCAGAGUGCUCCUUAGCUUAA